CUGAUUUGCAAUUAUUUUAAUUCUUUUUUUCGUAUCUUUUUAAAGAAUCUUGCUACCACAUCUUCUGAUGCAAACUCUGGGAUUAGUUCACAAGCGAUUAAUAAUAGCCUAAAUCCCGUCCCAGUUCCUCCUCAACAUCUUUCGACUAAUGAGCAUUCGGCUAGGGGUCAGGUUCAGAGCCAACCUUUGAAUCUGAAGUCAGACAAUCAGAUUGGAACCACUUCACCGCUCGAUCCCGAAUUUAUGGCAGAAACCAGGGCAGAAAUCAUUUGUGAUGGAACAGGCCGUAUAUAUGACGUGCAUUUUGACUGCCCUGUCAAAGUAAGUUGA